AUGGCUCUGAACACAGUCCUCCUGGGCACUUUCCUCAUCUCUUUGCUGCUCUUCCUCUUGUUCUUUGGAAACGGAACAUGUGUGGAGGUGACGGUACCCAGUGAUCCAGUGAUGCAGAAGAUUGGCUCAAACGUGGAACUGCCGUGUCAUUAUAAAACAUCAGUUGACAAAAACUUCAUGCUGGAAUGGCGAUUUGCCCCAGGCUCAACACCUCCUGAUCAUGGGAAACAGAUGGUCUACUUCACGAACAAUGUGUUGUACAAACCAGGCUCUCAGUCUGAACGCAUAAGCCUGCUUCAUGACCCUCCCACGUUGGGUGAUGCAUCCAUUCAACUGAACAAUAUCCGGGCAUCAGAUGCAGGCACCUAUAUCUGCGAAGUGAACAAUCCUCCAGACUUUUAUGGCACUAGCUCUGGUCUUAUCCAACUCACAGUUUUAAUGCCUCCUUCCACUCCAGUUUGCCAAGGGACCACCUCCGUUCCUGUGGGUUCGGACGCAAAGCUGUCUUGCAAUUCUUCCGAAGGUGUCCCUGCCCCUGUUUACUCCUGGACUCUCCUGGAUUCCAAGGUUGCUCUGCCUGUUUCCAACAUGGUGCAAAAUGACCGAACAGGGUCUCUAAUUCUGAGAAAUGUUUCCCUUGCGUUUGCUGGGACAUAUCAGUGUGUAUCCUCCAAUGAACUUGGGCACCACAGCUGCCAGAUAACCCUUCAUGUGACAGGCGUCACGAAUGCUGGAGCGAUUGCAGGAGCUGUUAUAGGAGCAAUCUUAGCUCUCCUCCUUUUUGGUGCCAUCGUGAUCUAUGUCCUGCGCCAGAGAAAGCGGAAGACAACUAAGAAGUCCCAGUCGAUAUACAGUGGGAAUGAAAUAAGGGAGGAUGCCACAGCUCCUGGGAUUGCCGAGACUUCCUUGCAAAGACCAGACAGCACGUCAGAAGAAAGCCAUCCCCUGGAAAGCAUGCCCUCUCGGCCUGGCUCUCACAGCACAACCAAAUCUCAGCUCAACCAUUUCCUAGUCUGA